AUGGACGUCUGGGAGGAGCUUCAUUGGCGCUUCUUCGAGGAGCUGAAAGAAUCCUUGAGGCUCUUAAAGAAGGAGGCGGGCAGGGAGACGAUGUCCUUGUCCGAUAUCAAGUUCUUCGCGCUCAUGCCCAACGCGACGGGCACUGCAUGGUUGGAGCUGCCCCGCACCUUUGACCUGAGGUUCCCGGACGGCUGGUUCAUGACGGAAGUCCUGCCGCGCAUUGAGAGAAAGCAGGAGCGUAUGUUAUGGCGUCUGACCUGGGAAGGCACUCGGAGCGCGAAGCCCUCUGCCCAUGCGGGCGGGGACCAGAAAGCUGAGGUGGCACCAAAGCCGACCGUCAAGAACUUGUGGGGCCCCAAGUUGACCACUGAGGAGGUGAACAAGGCGAAGGAGAGGGCCCCCGUCGAUCGGGAGGGUCUCUUGCUGUGCUGGGGCGCGUUGACACACAUGGGCUGCAGCAACUUAGCAUGUGGCCGCUCUCACUCUGACCUUCAGGGCAAGUUCGAGGCGCUCGACCCCUGCGUGCAGAUCCAGUUGCUUCGUCGAGGGGGCCUUCGGAGGAUGAAGCCCGAGACAAAGGAGUCGGUGGCGGAGAAGAUCAAGGUCAUCCGGGCCGCCGUCGCGAAGGAUAAGGCGUCCAAGAUUACCGACCGGAAGUCGGGCCACGGGGAGGAGGAGCCACCCGGCGAGACACGAGCUGGCGGCGAGAAGGUGGUGCAGUUCGAGGAGAUCCCGGAGGAGUUCGGCGCGGUGGACUACACGAUUGCGGAGGAGGACCUGCGCGCCACCGAGGCUGCGAAGGGUGAGUCCGCACCGCAAGAAGCGAAGGACCUCGUGGCGCAGGCCGAGAGCCUCGCCAAUGGCCCUGUUCUGGGCAAGCUCCACAACGCCUCCGACGAUCUGUUUGCAUGGGCGGCCACUCGUGUCGCUGUGGCCCCUCAUGCUUCCUUGGAAGACAUCCUCGGCGAGAUGGCCACGUAUGGCAUCGGUGAAAUGGCGGCUGAGGCUACCGACAUCCUGGAGGCACAGUGCGGCGCCCGAGCUGGUUCGUCCGGGGGCAUUCAGGUGUCAGCGGUGGUCUGGGAGUCCGGGUGCCCGGGCAAAGCCACCGCAACAAUCGAAGGGGUUGUCUGGACCGUGUGGGACUACAAGGAGGAG